CAUGAUUUCCCGUCAGACCACAGCCUCCCGUCACAUGGUACACUUGGUUUUUACCAGGAGGGGACAGGACAAACACAACGCAGAGGAAGAUAACACUGAGAUUCACCUAUAACUGUGAUAUAAACGUGGCGUUAGUCAUUUGUGGUUUGCUUUUGUAGCGCUAUGAAGUGAAACUCCGCCAUAUUCAUCCCACCACGCCCGCCUCGGCUAACGGGUAACUAGCUAUUUCACGUCUAUCUAAAGUUGUUGCGCGAAUUAAACUUCUUCACAGGAGAGGAACAAGGUGUCGUCCAGGAGUAAUGAUUCUGAGCUCCGUGGGGGCUUGCUGCCUCAGUCCAGAGACCAAAGAGGCUCGCAGAAUCAACGAUGAGAUUGAGAGGCAGCUCCGCCGGGACAAGAGAGAUUCCCGACGAGAAUACAAGCUCCUUCUGCUCGGAACUGGUGAAAGUGGGAAGAGCACUUUCAUCAAGCAGAUGAGGAUCAUCCAUGGCCGUGGAUACUCUGACGAGGACAAAAGAGGCUUCACCAGGCUGGUCUUCCAGAACAUCUUCACAGCCAUGCAGGCCAUGAUCCAGGCCAUGAACACUUUACAGAUCCCCUACAAGUAUGAACACAAUAAGACAAAUGCCAGUCUUGUCAGUGGGGUUGAUGUGGAGAAGGUCACAACGUUAACAAACCCUUACGUGGACGCCAUUAAGAGCCUGUGGAGCGAUCCAGGGAUUCAGGAAUGUUACAAUCGGAAGAGGGAAUACCAGCUCUCAGACUCAACCAAAUACUAUCUGAAUAGCUUGGACCGAAUUGCUGAUACUGCUUAUCUGCCAACCCAGCAGGAUGUCCUGAGGGUCAGAGUGCCCACAACAGGUAUUAUAGAGUACCCCUUUGACGUGGAGAAUGUGGUGUUCAGGAUGGUGGAUGUGGGUGGCCAGCGUUCAGAGAGGAGGAAGUGGAUUCACUGUUUUGAGAAAGUCACCUCCAUCAUGUUCCUGGUGGCGCUCAGCGAGUACGAUCAGGUCCUUGUUGAGUCCGUCAAUGAGAAUCGCAUGGAGGAAAGCAUGGCCUUGUUCCGGACAAUCAUAACCUACAAGUGGUUCAAAAAGUCUUCAGUCAUCUUGUUCCUCAACAAGAUAGAUUUACUGGAGGAGAAAAUCAUGUACUCACAUUUGGUUGACUACUUCCCAGAAUAUGAUGGUCCCCAGCGGGAUGUCAUAGCUGGAAAGGAAUUCAUCUUAAAUAUGUUUGUCAGUCUCAAUCCAAACGAGAAAAAAAUUAUCUACUCCCACUUCACCUGUGCCACAGACACGAACAACAUUCGAUUUGUCUUUCACGCAGUGAAGGACCACAUCUUGCAGAUCAACCUGGAAGUCUACAACUUGGUUUAAAAUGGGGGUGUUGCUGCUCUAAUUCAAUCGGCUUUGUACAGCUGGUAGUCAGGGGAGCUCGGCAGUGAUUCAGUUUGCCUCACACUGCUGCUGAACACUAUAAUCCAAAACAGGAAAUUGAGAAGCAGAGCUUGUCCACAAAUGACUGUACUACUGAUGUAUUUCAAAUUUUCCUGUUAGACUUUUUGAAAAUGGAUGUCUCCAGCUAUAAUGACGUGUGUCCUGACAAUUAAAGUGCUGCCUUAGUGAGUCUACUAUAGUGUGCACUCUGAAAUAUAUGGAGCCCUUUGUAAAUGUUUUUGAGCAGUAACAGUAUAAAUGCACUUGGAUGGAUUGAGAGGGGAAAAAAGUACUUCACUGGCCUCAAAAGCCUCUGAAGACAUGUAAUGUACUAGGUCUCUCCUUCAGGGAAUCUGUGCAAGUGAAUGUAGACUAACUGCAAUGCAGCACCUCACAUCACUAACCCAAGUUGGUCAUAGUUUAUUUUUUUAAGUUAAAUACUGUUUGAAAUACUAAUGCCUAGUUUGUGUCUUCACUUAAUGGAAAACGAGUCAUAAUUAACACUAAUGACGCAUUUACUUUAUUACAGAUAUUGAUUUGCACACUGUACAUUUUGCAACAAUGGUGUUUGUGCUGGUGUUCUGUUAUGUAUGGACCUCACUUAGCUGGGUAUGAUAACUUCCACAACCUUGUGUCAAGUUUCUCUAGACUAUACACUUUGCAUUUGUUUGUGAUGGCAUUGUUCAGUCUUGAACCACUUUCUGUGAGCAAAGCAUUAAUAUAUAUAUUUUAUAAUUUAACACAUUUCAAAGGGAAUCUUACUGUCACUCUACUAGAUUCUGCUACAUUAGCAUUCCUUUUUUUUAAAUCUUCAUUUUCUCAAAGCUGUAGAAUCACAUGUUCGUUCAGUUCAGGGACUAUUUGAUUGUAUUUUUAAGUAGUUGCCUAAACAUUGUCCUUGCUAAAAUGGCUUCAGAACCUGCCCUUACUUGUUUACAUUAAUGCAUAUUGUGAAUAUAACAUGGUACAAUACAUUUUGUUCCCCACCUUUGUUUACAUCAAGGUCAGUGUUGAAAGGUUAACUGCUGAAGAGAGAACUGUUAUGUUAAAUAAUCUCUGAGGCAUUACUGCGCUUUUGAUCUUAAUUCAUAUGCUGUUCAAGGGUAUUAAAUGCAUGAAUAAAAAGCUAAUGAGAGUGUAUCCACUAAUGUUUACACGACCCUUCUCCUCUUGUUAAAAAUAAUUACAGCCUAAAUUGAACAGUUUAAUUUAUGGUUAGAUUUCACUGUCACUGCGAUGUCUUAAUGCAGUCUUAGUGUUUUUAAUGUGAUUAGAAAAAUAAAAAUAUUUUGCUUUUCA